AGUGCGUUUUUUAUUGCUUUACCUCUCACGCUCAUAUCCACAAGAACAAAAAAGAAUAGAAAAUGGAGGAGACCAUUCCAGUGAUUGAUCUUGUGAAGAUUUCAGACCAAGUGGAGUGUAACAAGCUAAGAGAGGCAUGUGAAAAAUGGGGUUGUUUCAGGAUCAUUAACCACUCUAUUCCUGUUACCCUCAUGGCGGAGAUGAAGGUGGUUAUUGGAGCUCUGCUUGACCUUCCUAUGGAGAUCAAGAAGCGCAACAAAGAUGUCAUUGCUGGCAGUGGUUACAUGGCACCAAGUGCAGUCAAUCCUCUUUAUGAGGCCUUGGGGCUCUAUGACUUGGGUUCCUCACAAGCUGUGCAGGACUUCUGCUCUCAAUUGGAUGCCACACCUCAUCAGAGGCAAAUAAUGGAGGCAUAUGGCCAUGCAAUUUAUGAUUUGGCAGUAAAUAUAGGAGAAAAGAUGGCUCAAUCUCUGGGCAUAGUGGGUGCUGAUUUCAAGGAAUGGCCAUGCCAAUUUAGAAUUAACAAAUAUAACUUCACCCCAGAAGCUGUAGGGUCCUCUGGAGUUCAAUUGCACACAGAUUCAGGGUUCCUAACCAUUCUUCAAGAUGAUGAAAAUGUUGGUGGUCUUGAAGUGAUGGACAGUUCUGGUUCAUUUGUGGCAGUCCCUCCUUUAUCAGGGUCUCUCCUUGCCAAUCUUGGAGAUAUUGCUCGUGUAUGGAGCAAUGGAAGAUUUUGCAAUGUGAAGCACCGUGUACAAUGCAAGGAAGCAACCACCCGUCUUUCAAUUGCUACAUUUAUGUUAGCACCGAGGAACCGAAAUGUUGAGGCACCAUCAGAGGUGGUGGACCACGAUCACCCACGUCUAUAUCACCCUUUUGUUUAUGAAGAUUAUAGGAAGCUCAGAGUCUCCAACAAGAUGCAUGCUGGUGAAGCCCUUGAGCUAGUUCGCUUGACCUAGUGAUAGGAGCUAGGAAGGUCACAUUGCCAAGGAAAUUUAUAGGUCCAUGUUUUUGUUUGCCAAUUAAUUAAGCAAUUAAGUAGAAAGAGAGGGUAAUGGUUAUAUUGUAAGUGAUAAGAAACUCUUAAGGAUACUAAAAAAAAAACUAACUCCAUGUUAGUAGACCUCUUAUAGUCAUAUUUAUUUUUACAUGGAGUUAAUUCAUAUGGAGAAGGUUAUAUUUAUAAAUUUUUUGUUUAUAAACUACACUAAGUAUGACCGGUCAUAUUUCAAUGACCGGUCAUACUUAGUAUAAUUUGUAAAAAAAGUUUGUAAAGAGGCCCUUCUCCAAUUUAUAUAUGGAUCUUUAUUAUGUACUCAAUCGACA